UCGGGCGCUCAACCUGGGUGAGCGAGCCCGGCGCAGAGGCGCGGCAACCCAGACUCCUGCUCUGCCCCAUCUUGCCCGGAGGCCUCCGGGUCGGCCAGCCGGUGCUGCGCGUGGGCUGCCUGAGACACGUGGUUUCCUAGGCCCCGCUUUGGGUUGGAAAAGUUUAUGGUUCGGGUUACCGCAGAGGUGUACUCGGGAGGUCAGAAAGAGCUCGAAUCGCCGCCACCUCGGGUCGGGCCCCUACCGCGGCCUUCACUGCAGCCGGGGCCCUUUCCUUGACGGUCGUCAGGAUUCAAUCUCUUUCGAAUGGGUGCACACUGCAGAAGAGAUUAACCACGUAUCGCAGGCUGUCGCACCGCUCGGAAACCACGCAGCACGCUGAGUGGCCGAGCCGCGGCUGGCACGCAGCUCUCCUUGUCCAGCCGCCUGCAGCUGACCCUGUACCAGUACAAGACAUGUCCCUUCUGCAGCAAAGUCCGCGCCUUCCUGGACUUCCACGCCCUGCCUUACGAGGUGGUGGAGGUGAACCCUGUGCGCCGGACUGAGAUCAAAUUCUCCUCAUACAGGAAGGUGCCCAUCUUGGUGGCCCAGGACGGAGACAGCUUGCAACAACUGAAUGAUUCCUCUGUCAUUAUCAGUGCCCUCAAAACCUACUUGGUGUCUGGGCAGCCCCUGGAAGAGGUCAUCACCUAUUACCCACCCAUGAAGUCUAUGAAUGACCAGGGCAAGGAGGUGACCGAGUUCUGCAACAAGUACUGGCUCAUGCUGGAUGAGAAGGAGGCCCAGCGCAUGUAUGGUGGCAAGGAGGCGAGGACGGAGGAGAUGAAGUGGCGGCAGUGGGCGGACGACUGGCUGGUGCACCUCAUCUCGCCCAACGUGUACCGCACGCCUGCCGAGGCCCUGGCCUCCUUCGACUACAUCGUCCGUGAGGGCAAGUUCGGGGCCCUGGAGGGUGCCAUGGCCAAGUACGCGGGUGCAGCCGCCAUGUACCUCAUCAGCAAGCGCCUCAAGAGCAGGCACCACCUCCGGGACGACGUGCGGGAGGACCUCUACGAGGCGGCCAACAAGUGGGUGGCAGCAGUCGGCGGAGACCGGCCCUUCAUGGGGGGCCAGACGCCCAACCUCGCUGACCUGGCAGUGUACGGCGUGCUGCGGGUGAUGGAGGGUCUGGAGGCCUUUGAUGACCUGAUGCGGCACACACACAUCCAGCCCUGGUACCUGCGGGUGGAGAAGGCCAUUGCCGAGGCCCUCCCAGUGCACUGAGUGGCCCCGCCUGGCGGAGGGUAGCAGCAGAGGAGGCCAGCUGCUGGGAACCGGGGCCUGGCCAGGCCCUGCGAAGCUGUGUGUGCUGGGAGUGGCGGGGGUGUCUACCCGUGUCCGCCUCCCCAGCCUCGGACUCCUGAAUGCCCGUAGGGCCUGGGUACUGGGCAGGGCCUGGGUACUGGGCAGGGCCCGGGCUGGAUCUCCCCAUGACACCCGAGGAUCACGGGCUGUGGAGAGCCCACCCCUCCUCCUCCCUCCUGCUCCCACCAGGCCCCGGGGCCAGUCCUCCAUUCUGGGCCUCUUGCCCUCAGCCUUCUGGUGAGUUUCUUUGUGGCUGUCCUGGGGCCACAUCCUGAGGGUGGGGUCAGCCUGGCUCCCACUGUGGAUGCAGGCGUAGGCCAGUCCAGAAGAGUCCCCUCCCCAGGCCCCAGGUUCCACCUUUCCCAGGUGCUACCUGGGACUGUUGGCACGUUUGCAAUAAAAAAAAAAGUUUGCUGCG